AUGGCCACUGUACUGCUUCUCCUGAUCGUGCUGCAUUUGCUGGUGGCGUCGGCGGCUCAGCGGCAGCUGCCCGUGGCGCGGCCAGGGUGCCGCGACAGGUGCGGCAACAUCACUGUCCCCUACCCCUUCGGCAUCGGCGCCGGCUGCUACCGCGACAGCCAAGACGGCUUCCAGCUCGAGUGCGACGACGACUCCGGCCGCUCUCCUCCUCGGCUCACCGUCGUCCAUUACAACCACCGCCUGGGGGACCUCUCGCUCGCGGCCGGCGAGGCUCGCGCCUACCUCAAAGCGAGGAGGGAGUGCUACUACUCCAAUGGCAGCCUCGCCUAUCGGAACACGAACCACAUGUCCCUCCAAGGCGCCCCCUACCUCUUGUCGUCCACCAAGAACCGCCUGGUCGCGCUCGGCUGCCCCACCCUUGGCUUCUUCGUCGACGGCCAUGGUUCCUACGUCAGCGGCUGUACGUCCUUGUGCCAGCCGUCGGGGAACACCAUGCCGGGCUCGUGCACCGGCCUCAGGUGCUGCCAGAGCGCGAUACCCGCUGGCAUCAACUUCUUCCGGCUUGUCCUGCUCAGCUUCCAGCGAACGGCAGGGACGCCCCGGGGGCAGGAUGACACAAACUCCUUUACCAACAGCUCCACGGCGUGCCGCUACGUGUUCCUCGUCGAGGCGGACUGGUUCAGCUACACAGACAGCGUCUUCCUCAACCGCACCGACGAAUUCAUCGUCCCCCUCGUGCUCGACUGGGCCAUCCGGAACGUCGACAACUGCAGCGCCGCUAGCCAAAACACGACGGACUUCGCCUGCCGAGGCGCUCAUAGCGAGUGCUUCAAUGUCACCAAUGGCAUCGGGUACCGGUGCAACUGCUCCCAGGGCUACCAAGGCAACCCGUACCUCGACGACGGAUGCAUAGACAUCGACGAGUGCCAACUGAAAGACGAAUACCCGUGCUACGGGGUCUGCACAAACACAAUAGGGAACUACACAUGCCAAUGCCCUCCGGGUACUAGUGGAGAUGCCACCAGGAGGGAUGGCUGCCAGCCAGUGGACAAGUUCACCUUAGCUCCGAAAGUCGUUACAGGAGUCAGCGUCGGGGUGUUCUUGUCGGUGUUCAUGUGCUUCUGGCUCUACCUGGGGCUGCAGAAGCGAAAGCUCAUCAAGGCAAAGCAGAGCUUCUUUGAGCACAACGGAGGCGUCAUCCUGCAGCAGCAGAUGCGUUCCUACAGCGGCACCGCCGGAGGUGGUGGUGGCGGGUUCAAGAUAUUCUCCGAGGAAGAGCUCGAGAAGGCGACCAACAACUUCGCUGCCGAUCAGAUCCUCGGGCGGGGCGGCCAUGGCAUCGUGUACAAGGGCGUCCUCGAGGACAAGACGGUGGUGGCCAUCAAGAAGUCCAAAGUGAUGGAGGCGACCGAGACCAAGGAGUUUGCGAGAGAGAUGCUCAUCCUCUCGCAGAUCAACCACCGGAACGUCGUCAAGCUGCACGGCUGCUGCCUCGAGGUGGAGGUGCCAAUGCUGGUGUAUGAGUACGUUUCCAAUGGCACCCUCUACCACUACAUCCAUGGUGGUGAGGGCCUCGACAAUAACAAGGCACUCGAUACCCGCCUUCGGAUAGCGGCGGAGUCUGCGGAGGCGUUGUCGUAUAUGCACUCGUCAGCCUCGCCCCCGAUCCUCCACAGUGAUGUCAAGACGGCGAACAUCCUGCUUGACGAAAACCUCACUGCCAAAGUCACGGAUUUUGGGGCGUCGAAGCUGGCACCAAACGACGAGGUUGAGAUUGCGACAUUGGUGCAGGGAACUUACGGGUACCUGGACCCGGAGUACCUCAUGACAUGCCAGCUGACGGACAAGAGCGACGUGUACAGUUUUGGCGUCGUUCUGCUGGAACUCCUUACAGGGAAGAAGCCGAUCCGCUUCGACGGGCCAGAGGAGGGAAGGAGCCUCGUGUCCGGAUUCAUGACAGCAGCGAAGGUUGGUGGACACUACGAGCUCCUUGACAGCCAGGUGAGAAAUGAGAUGGGGCCUGAGGCAUUGGAAGAAAUCACGCACCUCAUGAUGCGAUGCGUGAGCAUGAGCGGCGAGGAGCGGCCGUCGAUGAAGGAAGUUGCCGAGAGGUUGGAGGCGUUGAGAAGGUACCAGAGGCACCCAUGGGGCCAGGCUGGUGCUGGUGAUCCGGAGGAGGGGCAAAGUUUGCUUGGUAGAGAGCAACAACGUGAUGUGAGUUAUAAGUUCAAACCGCAUGACGUGCUUGAUCUCGAAGAGGGUAGCACAUACACUUUUAGCUUGUAGAAUUUUUUCCUGCAAGGCCUUUUAGUUUGUAGAUUGUUCUCAUGUUUG